UUGCUCCAUGUUAAAAUGGUUUAUUUUAUUUGAUUUUUUUUUUUUUUUUAUCUCUCUUUCCCCAAAUUGAUACUAUCUAAUUGUGAAAAUGACUUAGGAAAUUUCAAAUAUUGACAUCUGAGAGUUUUAUGUCGGAAAAUAUUCUGCAAGCAUGUUGGCAUGGGGCUGCCUAUGUGAACGUGCUAAUGGCCUUCACAGUAAGACUGUUCAUCCUAGCUUAGGCAUUGCAUGACAUAUAGAGACGAAGUUAAGAACAAAAUUCUUUUGAAAUAUACAACAUGAAUAUCACAUAUUUCAAGCCAUAUCCUUGGAAUGAAAACAUAAGGUUGAGGAGGGGUAAAAUGUAAAGACAGAAAUGCACAAGUUUUCACCAUCACUAAAUUAGGAUGCAUCAGAAAAAACAAUUUUUUUUGACCAUUUCAAAAUUGUCUAAACAUUUGAUGACCACUAUUCUAUUGUUAGCAACAGAGAAAAGCCUCCAUCACCUGCUAAUUUUUGAAGAGAAAAAAGGAAGCAUUUCCUUCCCCCCUAAAACAUUGCCUGUUUAUCAGGAAAAGAAAGUCCUCUCAGCUGUCAAUUCCUUUCCUCCACUUAUUAUCAAGAAAAGGAAAAAAAGAAACAAGAAAAAGAGAACAACAAUACCAAACUCCCAUUAUAGGUAAAUGAAACUCACCUUUCUCAAAUUCUCUUAAUCUUUCAAGUUUGUGAACAUCUUUCCACCGCCCCUCAUCCAGGAGGGAUGGAGAUAGAAAAGAAACAUAUAAUGACCAAUCUUUUUCUAUCUUCCUCAUUGUCGUCAUCUUGGAUGGCUAUCCUCCUGGUUCUCCUCUAUUCCUUUGUUUUUGCCUCAGCUGCUGACACCAGUAGCUUUGCACCAGCUGAUCAAAUCCUUAUCAGCUGUGGUUCAAAGAGCCUGUCUGCAAUUCCUGAUGGAAGGGUUUUCAAGACUGAUCAUGAAGCCCAAAGUUUGUUGAAGACAGAGGAAGAUAUAUUAGUAUCUGCGCCCUCUGCAGAUGUUCCUUCUCCUAUAUAUCUAUCUGCAAGGAUUUUUGUUCAGGAAUCUACUUAUGCUUUUACUAUGAAAAGUCCAGGAUGGCAUUGGUUCCGCCUUCAUUUCUUUCCAUUCAAUAACACAAGGUUUGAUCUUCAGAGCGCAACGUUUUCUGUCUCUACUGAUAAGUAUGUUCUCCUUCAUAACUUCAACGUCAACAAUCAGACCAAGCCUUUCCUCAAGGAGUACCUUGUUAAUGUGACCGAUCCAAAGGUUACCCUCAAAUUUCAACCUAUGAAGAAUUCUGCUGCUUUUAUCAAUGCUAUUGAGGUUGUUUCAGCUCCUGAUAUCCUGAUAUCUGAUGAAGGAUCGGGCCUUUUCCCAGUUUCCAGCUUUUCUGGCUUGACUAAUUAUGGGUACCAAGUUGUUUACAGGCUUAAUGUAGGAGGACCUUUGAUUACAUCCAAAAAUGAUACACUCUGGAGAACUUGGGAAAAUGAUAAGCCGUUCCUUAAGGAUCAAUCUUUGGCGCAGAGUGUUUCUAUCCCUACAAGCUCCAUCAAAUAUGGAACAGGAACUUCACCUUUGAUAGCACCGGCAACAGUUUAUGCGUCUGCACAAGAGAUGGCCGAGUCAAAAACAAUGCUGCCAAAUUUUAACGUGACAUGGAAAUUUGAGGUUGAUACAGCUUUUAACUACUUAGUUCGGCUGCAUUUCGCUGAUAUUGUUAGCAAAUCCCUAAAUGACCUCUACUUUAAUGUAUACAUCAAUGGAAAAACCGCGAUUUCUGGUUUGGAUUUGUCUUCCAUUACCAACCAAUUAGCAGCUCCAUAUUACAAAGAUAUUGUUGUCAAUUCCACCCUUAUGUCUAAUGGACUCAAUGUUCAGAUUGGUCCAAUGAAUGAGGAUACUGGUUCGACAAAUGCAAUUCUAAAUGGUUUGGAGAUCUUGAAAAUGAGCAACUCGGUUGAUAGUUUGGAUGGUGAAUUCGGGGUUGAUGGCAGGAUGGCUAUUGCCAGCAGGAGUACAGUUGCAGCAGUUGGUUUUGCUAUGAUGUUUGGUGCCUUUGUUGGUCUUGGAGCAAUGGUUAUCAAGUGGCAUAAAAGACCUCAAGAUUGGCAAAAGAGGAAUAGCUUUUCUUCUUGGUUGCUUCCUAUCCAUGCUGGUGACACUAGCUUUAUGACAAGCAAGACAUCACUUGGAUCUCACAAAACCAAUAUGUAUUCAUCAACUCUGGGCCUUGGUCGAUAUUUCUCUUUCUCAGAGUUGCAGGAAGCCACCAAGAACUUUGAUCAAAGUGCAAUAAUUGGAGUUGGUGGUUUUGGUAAUGUCUAUCUUGGUGUUAUUGAUGAUGCUACUCAAGUUGCUGUCAAGAGAGGAAACCCACAAUCUGAACAGGGAAUUACAGAAUUCCAGACGGAAAUUCAGAUGUUAUCUAAGCUCAGGCAUAGGCAUUUGGUGUCAUUGAUUGGUUACUGUGACGAGAAUGAUGAAAUGAUCCUAGUUUAUGAGUACAUGUCAAAUGGCCCUUUCAGAGAUCACUUAUAUGGCAAGAAUCUACCUCCGCUGUCAUGGAAGCAAAGGUUAGAGAUCUCCAUUGGAGCUGCUCGUGGUCUUCAUUAUUUGCAUACCGGUACUGCACAAGGUAUCAUUCACCGUGAUGUGAAGACUACAAACAUUUUGCUUGAUGAUGCUUUUGUCGCAAAAGUUGCGGACUUUGGCCUGUCAAAAGAUGCACCAAUGGGGCAAGGUCAUGUGAGUACAGCAGUGAAAGGAAGUUUUGGGUACUUAGAUCCUGAAUACUUCAGGAGACAGCAACUAACGGAUAAAUCAGAUGUGUACUCUUUUGGGGUAGUGCUGCUUGAAGUUUUAUGUGCAAGGCCUGCCAUUAAUCCACAACUUCCAAGAGAGCAAGUAAACUUAGCUGAAUGGGCUAUGCAAUGGAAAAGAAAGGGAUUAUUGGAGAAGAUCAUUGACCCUAUUCUUGUAGGCACAAUCAAUCCCGAAUCAAUGAAGAAAUUCGCAGAAGCUGCAGAAAAAUGCCUGGCAGAACAUGGAGUUGACAGACCUUCUAUGGGAGAUGUCCUGUGGAACUUGGAAUAUGCUUUACAACUUCAGGAAGCAUUCUCACAAGGAAAAGCUGAAGAUGAAACAAAAUCAUCAGCCAGCGUAGCCGCCUCGCCUGCUGUUGUAGCUGCUGCUCCUGCUCCUGCUACUCCAACUUCUGAUAACCGUCCUGUUUCUAUUCCCGAAGAGAACAAAAGUCCAGCUGAAGUUCAAGCCAUUGAUGAGCAUUCGGGAACUGCAAUGUUUGCUCAAUAUGGGCUCAAUGGCAGAUAAACUGUAACUCUGAGAGCCUUCCAAAUCAGCAGAAUUUCAAGCAUAUUGAUGGGGGUUCCUGUAAUCAAGAGAAACCAUUUUAUAGCUUUUGCCGCCGCUGCUGCUGCUGCUUCUUCUUCUUGAACUGGAUAAACUUAGCAUUUUCAGAGGUUCUUUUAAGGGCUAGGAUUGCUCAUAUACUUUUAUAUAAGAUGAUGAUGGUGGUGUAUUGAGCUGUGUUGUAUCCAUACUCUCUCCUCUUUGUUCUAUAUAUUUUUUUUUUUUCUUGUUUUUAGUAUUGGAUUUGGUGGUUAUAGAGAUAUAUGUAUUCUAUUACAUGGAUUUAUCAA